ACCAACCCGGAACCAAGUUGACAGCUCCAGUUCCUGAAAGCAUCACUUUCAAAUGGGAGAAACAAAUGUUUUUCGGUGGUGAUGAAUAUGCCACAAAAACAUACAUUUUGUUAUUGUAAAUCGAUUUUUUUUUUGCAAAUUGGGGCGAGUUAGCUCGCCAGUGGGAGAGCCAUUCAUUACAUCAAGCUAGCCACUUCCUUGUAAUGCAAGAGUCAGAGGAUUAAAUCAAACACUGCUGUCAAGGAUAACGUUUAUCCUUUCAUGUCAUAGCAGUCAACUAGCUAGGUAGCUAGCCUGUCAGCAAAAUGAGGGUACGUUCGUCGGUUUUUGCCUCGUUUUGUCUCAUACUCCAAGUAUUAAGCGUAGCCUUGUUUCUUAGGGGAUUUUUCCCAGUCCCUGUCAAAUCAUCUUUUUCAUCGAAAAGCAAGCUGUCAGAUCUUCCGGCUGAACCAUUCACAGGGAGCUCCCCUAACUCGUCCAAGGUCCCAGACCCCCUGUUUAAGAGAGUGGUGAUAGUGUUGAUCGAUGCGCUCAGGGAGGACUUUGUGUUUGGUCCCAAUGGGAGAAAGUACAUGCCGUACACAAGGCACCUAGUGGAGAGGGGCUCCACACACAGCUUUGUGGCCAAGGCAAGACCUCCUACAGUUACAAUGCCCCGAAUCAAGGCCCUGACCACAGGCAGUAUCCCAGGUUUCAUCGACGUGGUGAUGAACCUGAACUCCCCCGCACUGCUGGAGGACAACCUCAUCUGGCAGGCCAAGACGGCGGGCAAACGGAUGGUGUUCUAUGGGGACGACACCUGGGUGAAGCUCUUUCCAAAGCACUUCAUGGAGUAUGACGGCACCACCUCUUUCUUUGUGUCUGACUACACUGAGGUUGACAACAACGUGACUCGUCACCUGGACGGCACGCUGAAGAGAGACGACUGGGACAUUCUGAUCCUGCACUACCUGGGCCUGGACCACAUCGGCCACAUCAGUGGACCCCACAGCUCCCUCAUCCAGCCCAAACUAAUGGAGAUGGACGACAUCCUCAAGAAGAUUCAUGGCUCCCUCAUCUUAAAGGAGACAGAGGGUGCACUACCCUACCUGCUGGUGCUGUGUGGGGAUCACGGGAUGUCCGAGACGGGCAGCCACGGGGGCUCGUCUGCGCAUGAGGUCAACACCCCCCUGGUGCUCAUCAGCCCUGCCUUCAAGAGGAAAGUGGGGAUGGAAAAGCCGCCAACAGUAGAGCAGGUGGACCUGACCCCAACCUUGGCCCUUGGUCUGGGCCUGCCCAUCUCCCAGAACAGCGUGGGCCGCUUCAUCCAGCCCGUGGUGGAGGACGCCUCGCUCAGGGACCAGCUACGCUUCCUGCACCUCAACGGCCACCAGCUGAGCUGCCUGCUGAAGGACAGCAUGCCAGCCUAUGAGAAAGAGGAGGGUUAUGAGCAGUUCCGCAUGGCGGAGAAAUCCCAUGGUAACUGGUUGAAGCUGGUGGUGGAGGGCAACACGUCAGAGGUGCUGAACAACAUUGGGAAGAAGGUGCUCAAGCAGUACCUGGAGGCCCUCAGGGUCAUGAGCGCGGCCCUCAGCAAGCAGAUGGGCAAAUACGACAUGUAUUCCAUGGUGGUGGGCAUGGUCCUCGUCUUCCAGCUCCUUCUCCUCCUGCUGCUGGCCAUGCCCGAGGCACUGAGCGGCGCGUCAGAGGUGGAUCUCCCUGUGUCCUCGGCUCUGCUUUCGCUGCCCUUCUACCUGCUGUGCCUGCUCCUCUUCUCCGUGCACAUGCUGGUGUGCACGUCGGCCGAGAGCGCCUGCUACUUCUGCAGCCUCUCCUGGGGCCUGGUGUUCGGGGCAGUGGUCCUCUCCUCUGGCCUGCUCUGCAUUCUGGUAUCCAUGGCAGCCAGGAAGGGAGCAAAGCCCCCUGGUAAGUCUCCAUCCCGUGCCGGCGGCGGUGGGUGGUCGCUGUCGGAACUUGACGUUCUGCUCCUGACGGGCACAGCUGGCCACACCCUCAGCCUGUCGGCCAGCAGCUUCGUGGAGGAGGAGCACCAGGUCUGGUACUUCCUGCUCAACACCCUCUGUCUGGUCGUCUUCCAGGACGUCUGUCGCAAGUACUUCCGGGAGCGCAGUGCCAACAUUGGCGUCAUAGGGUGUUCGGAGGACGAAGACCGCCUCCCUCCCUCCAAAGAGGGGGAUGAGGUCGCCUCAACGUUGACUAAUUUGGGGGUGACGGGCGCAGAUUCAGAGAGGUGGCUGGCCCUGGCAACCCCYCUGCUUACCCUGGUGUGUUGUCGUCUGCUGCGCUCGCUCAACCAGACCGGGGUGCAGUGGGUUCAUCUGCCUGACCUGGGACACUGGCUCAACAGCUCAGAACACAAGACGGUGCUGUCCUUGUUGGCCGCCAUGUCAUUGGCUCUUAUCUACUUCCUGGUCCAGGGGCGAUGUUCCUGGGUCUCCAAGAUUGCCCUGGCCCUCGGCCUUCUGGGUGUCUACAGCUACCGGGCGGCUGUGGGCAACGUUGUGUUACCAUGGCAACAUUCCGGUGGAAACAUGUCCAAGGGGACGAUGAAGGCACGCUURGUGUACGUCUUCAUCCUGGGCAUCCUCUUCACGGGCUCCAAGGACCUGCUGAGGUCCCAGGUCAUCACAGCCGACGCCCGGCUGAAGAGCAGGGGAUUGUGGGAAAUCUACAGUGGUGUGGUUCUGUUGGUGGCCCUGUUGUUCCGGGCACACAACCUGCCGGUGCUAUGCUGCUGCCUACUGGUCCAGUCUCUGAUGGCCCAGUUCAUCUGGAAGAAGCUCCACUACGAUGCUGCCCAGACCACCAUCAUGCACUACUGGUUCGGACAGGCCUUCUUCUACUUCCAGGGGAACUCCAACAGCAUAGCCACUGUGGACAUCUCGGUUGGCUUUGUGGGACUGGAGAGCUACGUAGAAGCCCCGGCAGUCUUCCUCACCGCCCUCAGCACAUACGCCGGGCCCCUGCUCUGGGCUUCCCACCUCGUCUGCUACCUCAGCUCCGAAAACAGGAGCUCAGUGGCGGUCGGCCAUGGCUGCUACUGCUUGGCCCUGCUGCGCUCCGUGCCGAUGGCAGCCUACGUGGUGCUGGUCACGGCUCUGCGCUACCACCUCUUCAUCUGGAGCGUCUUCUCSCCCAAGCUGCUGUAUGAGUCCAUGCACACACUGCUCACCGCRGCAAUUUGCCUCUUCUUCACCACCAUGGAGCAGAGCCGCAGCUCCAGCAGGCCCUAGGGACCCCACGUCUCCGAGGACUCUCAGCUUUCAGGAAAAUGGGUUAAGGAGAAGGGCCAAAGGGCAAAUACUAUGAUAAUGGGUGGUCCUGAUACUGUCCUCGUUGACUUCUGGAUGCCCUACUACACCCCGGAGGAGUAGGUAUGAAUGUACUGUCCCCUGCACUGGAGUUCUAGGACAGCGGCAUUCACCUUUUGGAAAGCAAUAUAUUUUCUCUAUGGUCUAAAACAAAACUUAUUUAGUAAGAUUAUUAUUUUGAUGUGUUUGGUUGGUUCUACUGAAGUCUGUUGUGGUGUUUAUUGAGCAGAGCUGAACAUGAAAGGUAAAUUAAUUAAUAAUUUAAUUUGAAUGUGUCAAAAGCGCAAUCGUGAAGGUAUACUGUCCCUUGAAAUUGGAUUGAAAUUGGAUUUGUAUUCAUUAUUUUUUAUGUGUUAUUGUUUGUUUUGUUUCCGUAGACUAGUAAGUGCUUCUAUUGACCACCGUUUCUCUGUAGUGCUUUAUGCCAGUUGCAUUAUACUGUAUUUCCUCCAUGCACUUUAAUCAAUACAGUGACCACAUUAUCAGCACAGGGACUUUGUCGAUAUGCUUUCCAACCGGUCUGUAUUUUCCAUCUCUUCAAUGAACUAACUGAGUUGAAUGGAUUCUCUUUGUAGAUGAUAUAGAUCUGCUCCAAGCUAAUAACAAGCCAUACUUUCCUCCCACUUUACUUUCAGGCAUAUAUGUACAUAUAUWUUUUUUUUUACUCUCGGGGAAUAUAUUGAAAUUCAGUCAACGCUUUGUUAAUACAGUGGAUUAUUACUAAUUCUCAGAUGAGAAUUGAUUCUGGGUGAAUGCCGUUAAUGAAAAGAGAAUUUAGAUUUAGCCGCUGUGUGGGGAUAAAGGUUCAUUGUUGUUGGGUAAGGUGAUAUACAUUUUCCAUCUAAAAGUGGUUAUCUUUUGAUAAAUAUAUUGUGUAUGAGGCAAUAUUUCACUUAUAUUUCUGUAUUGCUCAUUUGAUUUCUAAUGUUAAAAAAGGGUUAUGUAUGCCAAUCGACAAUUUGAUUUCUUACCUACUUCUGCCAGACUUGUGAAACCUAAUCAUUGGCAAUUGGGAGACCUUCCCCUGACACARUAAUUCAAUUACAUAAUAAAAUAAACUUACAAAUUGCUUACUUUAAAUACAAUGAAAGUGUUUUUUUUUAUAUUUAUGAAGAUAUCCCCUAGGGAAAUCUUGUGAAUACUGAAUGUAAAAAACGGUUAGUUCCAGUCAGACAAUCUGUUUGGAUAACUUGCAAAGAACUUGAACGGAGAUCCAUAUUCUGAUAAAGGGCUCUCAAUGUCCAAUAAUAACAUUACUGUAGCUGUUUGCAAGUCUGGUAAAUAAGCAUAUGAGAUUGCAGCAAAUCACACAACUUUAUAUAUAUGACCUUAGAUAUGUGAUUGUUGUGUAUUACUUUUCAUUUUCCAACUAUUCAUGUGUUAUUUAGGAUAAUGUUGAUUUAGUUUUUUGUUCAAAUAUUUUGUUACAGUACCAGUCAUAAGUUUGGACACACUUACUCAUUCAAGGGUUUUUCUUUAUUUUUUACUAUUUUCUACG